CCCCCCCGCCUCUUUAUCCUCCUUCCUUACGACCCUCCGCACCCGCCCGGCUGCCGUGUGGAUGCGGGCCGGGGUGCCUGGCUGCGCGGGCGGCGAGAGCCGAUGCUGAGGGGCCGGAGGAGGAUGGAGUGCACCCUCGAUGCGCAGAGUUUGAUCAGUAUUUCCCUGCGGAAGAUCCACAGCUCCCGCACGCAGCGAGGCGGCAUCAAGCUCCACAAGAACCUGCUCGUCUCCUAUGUGCUCCGCAACGCCCGGCAGCUCUACCUGAGCGAGCGCUACGCCGAGCUCUACCGCCGCCAGCAGCACUACCCCGACGGCGCCCCGCUCCUCGCCAUGCCCGCCUGCCCGCCGCCCGCCGCCGCCCCGCCGGAGCUGGCGGCGCUCCCGCUGCCCGCCGACACGCAGGACCGCGAGGCGCGGAGCUGCGGGGCUGCGCGGGGCGGCGCGGAGCUGCUGGAGGUGCCGGUGUGCGCGGUGCCCCCGGAGCUGCAGCGAGCGCCCUGCAGAGACUCGUCCCUGGGCUUCUACCGGGCCGCCGGCAGCGCCGGUCCCGGUGGCGGCGGCAGCGCGGCCCCGGGGCUGCUCUACGCCGCCGGCUGUGACUUCGGGAGCGGCGGGGCCCCGCACUGUAGCAGCCGCACCACGGUGCUGGAUUUGGACACUCACGUCGUGACCACGGUGGAGAACGGGUACUUGCACCAGGACUGCUGCUCGCAGUGCCCCUGCUGCUGCCAGCCGGCACCGGGGCUCGCCUCCCCGCCGCCCGCGCCCGGCACCAAGCGCAAGUAUUACCCGGGGCAGGAGGAGGAAGAGGAGGGGGUGGAGGAAGGGGAGCCGGGGGGAGGCGGGGUGGCGGGCGGCCCCCCCUUCGCCCCGUGCACCAAACGCGCCCGCUUCGAGGAGUACAGCGCCGAGCACCCCCAGGACUCUUCCAACAUCUCCAACUUGAUCUCCAUCUUCGGCUCCGGUUUCACGGGGCUGGUGAGCCGGCAGCAGGCGGACUCGGAGCAGCCCCUCAACGGGCAGCUGUGCAGCAAGCAGGCGCUGGCGAGCCUGGGAGCCUGGACUCGGGCCAUCGUCGCGUUUUAGAGAGAAGUGGGGGAGCAGAAGGGGUGUGGGGGGGCUGUUGAUAAAACGGGGGUGCGAUCCGAGGGAC